CCAGCCGUCCCGGCGUGCCCCGCGCGCACCACCGAGCGCUGCCGCUCUGGCUGGCGCCGCGCGCGGCCGCGGCGAGAUGGCGGGCGUGGGGCGGGCGGGCGGCCCGGGCGGGGAGCAGCUGAACGGCGAGCUGCCGCCCGAGCCCCCGGAGAGGGACGGCGCGGCGGGGCUCGGCGCGGAGGACGGCGCCAGGAAGAGGCGCAAGAAGAAGAAGAAGGGCAAAGCGGGCGCCGCGGGACAAGAAACAGAUAAAGAAAUGGAAGGUGUGCUUGAUGAUGUAGCGAAACAGUUGGAUAAACAAGCACUGGAGGACAAAGAAAAAGAUGAUGAUGAUGAAGAUGGAGAGGGUGAAGGAGAUGGAGCAACAGGGAAAAAGAAGAAGAAAAAGAAAAAGAAGAAAGGACCUAAGGUCCAGACAGAUCCACCUUCUAUUCCGAUAUGUGAUCUGUUUCCCAGCAACAUAUUCCCAAAGGGAGAAGAAUGUGAAUACCCACCAACACAAGAUGGGCGAACUUCUGCUUGGAGAACAACUAGUGAAGAAAAGAAAGCACUAGACCAAGCCAGUGAGGAAAUCUGGAAUGAUUUUCGGGAGGCUGCAGAGGCACACAGACAAGUGAGGAAAUAUGUUAUGAGCUGGAUAAAACCUGGAAUGACAAUGAUAGAAAUCUGUGAAAAACUAGAAGACUGCUCACGUAAGCUGAUAAAGGAAAAUGGUUUAAAUGCAGGUCUUGCAUUUCCUACUGGGUGCUCUUUGAAUAACUGUGCUGCCCACUACACUCCCAAUGCUGGAGAUCCAACAGUCCUGCAGUACGAUGAUAUUUGCAAAAUAGAUUUUGGAACGCAUAUUAGUGGUCAUAUUAUUGACUGUGCUUUUACAGUCACAUUCAAUCCAAAAUAUGACAAACUUUUACAAGCUGUAAAGGAUGCCACAAAUACAGGAAUAAAGUGUGCUGGAAUAGAUGUACGUCUGUGUGAUGUGGGAGAGGCCAUACAGGAAGUUAUGGAGUCUUAUGAAGUUGAAAUAGAUGGCAAAACAUACCAAGUGAAACCAAUUCGCAAUUUGAAUGGACACUCGAUUGGGCCAUAUAGGAUACAUGCUGGAAAAACAGUGCCCAUUGUGAAAGGAGGAGAAGCCACAAGAAUGGAGGAAGGCGAAGUAUAUGCUAUAGAAACCUUUGGUAGUACAGGCAAAGGUGUUGUUCAUGAUGAUAUGGAGUGUUCUCAUUAUAUGAAGAACUUUGAUGUUGGGCAUGUGCCAAUAAGGCUUCCAAGAGCAAAACACUUGCUGAAUGUUAUCAAUGAAAACUUUGGUACCCUUGCCUUCUGCCGCAGAUGGCUGGAUCGCCUGGGAGAGAGUAAAUACCUGAUGGCAUUGAAGAACCUGUGCGACCUGGGGAUAGUGGAUCCAUACCCUCCCUUAUGCGACAUUAAAGGCUCCUACACAGCACAGUUUGAGCACACUAUACUGUUGCGCCCAACGUGCAAGGAGGUUGUCAGCAGAGGAGAUGACUACUAAACUGAAAGCCACCUCAGCACCUUUAUACUCCAGGCUUUGUUGGAACAUACUAUACCAGAAUUAAUUUGCAACAUAUUGUCUGUUUUAACAGUGGACUGAUGCAAUCCUUUCCUUAUUUGGAAAGGAAGGGAUUUGAUCAAAGGCAAGUCUUCUAAUGUAACUAACUAAGGAAAAAGCUUUCAGGCCUUUAGAAAUAUUUCAAAAGUUACUUAUUUUUUUCUGUUCAGGGAAAUAUGUGCUAUAAAGCUCAAUUUUUAGUUUGGAAUGAGUUAUACGUUUUGUUUUGAACAUUUAUGAUAAAAGAUGCUUUUCAAAUAUUUAUAUUACCAUAUUCCUACUUGAAUGCUUUGAAUGACUACACCUGAUUUCUGCACCCAAGCCCUCUAUGAUAUUGCCUUUUAAAGUUCCUGGAAUACAUUUUGUAAAAAAUAAAGACAAAUUUUCAGAUCUAAAAAUACAUAUACUUUUUAGAAGUCUGGUUAUAAUUCUGGUCAGGAGUCUGCUGGGAAACUGCUCUAUUAAAUAUUUUACAAACUUGA